AUGUAUAGUUCCACAGUACUCUGCGAAAUCCAGAUGGUGACUCCAGGUUACUACUCUGAGCAGGAACCUACCUUUCGUAGUGCCAGAGAUGCCGAAAACGCAAGAUCCGAUGCAGCGGCGAAGAGAAUGGCAGACCGUGUUACCAUUGCAAAAACUCCAGCUCAGAACCAUGCAAUCCCUUCCAACACCCCUUACAACUACUAUCAAACUUCACAAAACUUCAACCUGGGCCCAGACAAUAUGAACUAUCGACAGGCCAAUUACUCGAACUAUGGUUAUCAAGGAACCAAAUUUCUGGGUCUUUCUUAUGACAACUUCACUGAAGAACCCGCUGACUUUAACCUGUCAAACUCAACCUCAUUUCAGGUUACAGGACAAGAUCCGGUUUCUGUUUCCAGUUACCCAGCUCAAAACAAUGGGCGCUCACGCGUAAAUCCUCCUGCCCCAUUGUACAUGGAUUCAGAAGCUGCUGGAAGUUAUAAUCAGAAUACAUACCAAAGCUAUAACGCGCGCUCAAUGGUUGAUUCGGACUCAAAGAAUUUCUGUGUCACCAAUUCUGCUUGUCUACCGCCAUAUGGAACUGUGAACGCAGCCGUCACUUCACAGACUGCGCUCAACACCGCCAAUGACUCCGGGAGGCUACAACUCCCAUAUCCGAGUAUGAACAGACAAUACAGAUCCGCGAAUGAUGGCAAUUCGAGUGCGCAGAGCUCACUGCAUCCAUAUGGGUUCGUGAACUCAAACAUGGAUGGCUCUGGAAAAAUGAACGGGACUUCAAUCCAAAUGCCCAUGACGAAUUCUUACAUGGGUGUUCCUACGAGCAGCAGUCAUGAAAUUACAACCGCCGUUGCCAUGUCUGCAUAUCAAUCAGGCCAACAACCGUCUAUGGCACAACAAGAUUCGGAAAUUUAUGAAGCGCCAACUCCCAACAGUAGUCUGUACUACUCUCAAGCCAAUGACUCCGCUGCAGACAUCAAUCACUACGGAACAGCAGCGGCGGCAAUAGCCUACUAA